AUGUGGUCUAUCGGAAAUGUUGUUGAGCUCCUCUGCCUACUACUGGCACUCUCAGAGAUCGGCUUCUGCCGACCCACGGUUUUGAACAUCACUUCGGAAGAAUUCGCACAAAUGAGGGAGCACCAUAUGACUCCAGGUUACAACCGAAGAGGCUUUUUUGACGGGGUCGGGGACUGGGUCAAGGACAAGGGAUGCGAUUUCAUAUCGAGAGUGGACUUGUGCCAUACCUCAAAGAAGUAUGAAAAAAUUGGCGAUGGCGACCCGCACCAGAACUUCGUCAUCGUCCAAAGGGCUGGUUCAAAAGUACAUUGCACCUCCGAUGGUGAUAGCACAGGGACUACCUUCUCGAGUACGGUCGGCUGGAGUAUAGAUGGGAGCUUCGAUUCAAUUCCCUUCGCAUCAGCAGGAUUCAGUAUUUCGGAGUCCUCGACUUAUGCAUUUACGGCAACAAUGACCUGCGAUAGUAUCGCAGACAAGCAUGGUGACAUUUGUCUCCUCUUCUACCACGCUAUGACAGCAUUUACUGUGAAGGUGACAGAAUACAAAGACUGCGGUUGUGGUGUGGUAGAUGGAUCAGAAAAGGAUCUUGGACAGACUAUUGUCUAUGCACCAAAUGAAGGAGAAGCGGGCAGUAUUGCUUCGAAGGGAAUUUCUGUGGACGAUGAUGAUAUUCAUCAAUGCUCUGGAAAUGAUGACAGAAUUGUCGACUAUCACUGUGGACCUCCCGGGGACUCUAGUUGGUGGGAUGACAAAAGCUCGGGACCAUGGAUCGAGGAAUAUGUGAAAGAACGUGUGCCUGCUGGCUGCAAUAUACCAAUUGAGGCCAAUCAGUACUAUAAGUAG